AUGAAGACAUUCAGUGGCCACGAAGUUUUUGCCCUAGAUGAUUUUGAAUUAUCGAUGGAACAUGUUUCUGAAUUUAGACAUGCUGGAAUGUGUUCAUUGUCAAACCAUCAGAAAAAUCCACUCACUUUGUUUUGCGCUGGUCCUCAAUGUCAAAAACCUAUAUGUUAUUCUUGUUGUCUUACAAGCCAUAUGCCAACAGAUAACAAGAAGCAUAUCACAAGGGAUAUUGAAGAAGUCUAUACUGAAAAAGUUAAACACAUGAUAGAGAAAAAAGACAAAAUACUCAAGACGGAGAGAGAAUUGGUUGGGCUUUCAAAAAGAAUCAAUGAACAAUUAGAUAGGCUUGCAGCAAACGCGGAUACUACAAAGAAAGAAAUUCAAGCAAUAUUUAAAAUAGCAGUAAAAAUACUGGAGCGUCGAAGAGAUCUCUUAAUAGAGAAUACUGAUAAGCUGACAAAGAACAAAAUCACUCUUUUAAAGAAGCAAGAUACAGAAGUUAUCAAUUUCAUUGAAACCAUCAGGGACGCGUGUAGAUUUCUUGAUCAAACUGUUGCUACCAAAAAUCAAUCAGCAUUUCUCCUUCUUUCAAAAACCAUCUCAGACCGAUUAAACCAUUUACUAAACACUAACUUUGAUACCGAACCACGCGACUGCAAUCCUGUUUUAUUUUCCAAAGCAAAUUUAGGAACUAAAUUGCAACGAUUUGUUGAUACAUUUGGAAAUAUAUUUUCGUCGUUUGCAUUUGGCCCUAAAACAAAAGUCACAUUUCCAACAGCAAUUGAGACAGAAAAAGAUUUUGACAUUAUAAUUGAACUUUUUGAUUACUAUGAUGCACAGGUAUUAGAUGAAAUGAUAAUUACUUGUGUACUAUUUGAAACGGCGGACGCACCUCUGGCAUCCGUAGGAGAAUUGUCAUUUACUCAUAUGGAAAAUGGAAAAUAUAAAGCAUCUUGUAAAAUAAUGGAUACUGGUAUCCAGAGAAUUAUUAAAGUAGGAGUGAUGAUGAAUAGUAGAGACUUUUAUGUCGUUGAACUGAAAACAAUGAUUGAAAUUAAGCCGAAAGAACAGCAAACAAAUAGUAAGAUUAAAAUUAUUCACUACCUUUGUACACUGGGUAUAGUAUAUGCCUUUGACAACUAUAGUCAGAUUCUAUUUUAUUGA